AGCCUGAACUUGAAUUAAAAUACCUUUUGAAGAUGAACACUGCGAAAACGCCUUGCUUUGGCUUUUACCCCUUCCCUCUCUGUUCGUGCUUGUGCUCCCUAACAAGUUAUCUCUGACCUCCAAGUCAUGGCUAUCUUGUUGUCUACGAUUUUUGUUCCUUCUACUAAGCUCAGCUCCAAGCUUUCCAUCUUCAGCAACAACAGGCAAGAACACGCAGUUCCAAAUUUGCGCCAUUUCGAAGAUAAUAGCAACCGCUUUCAGAAAGUUUCGUCAUUUAUUUCCUUUGCGGUGAACGGUGACUCAACUCUUGCUAGAACCACGCCAAAGAGAGAUGGUAAAAACCCGUUUCUGAGUGAGGGAAGGGAUGAAGAUGAAGCUCGUGGACCUAUUUGCCCUGGUUGUGGAGUCUUCAUGCAAGAUAAUGACCCUAACCUUCCUGGGUAUUAUCAACAAAGGAAGGUUAAAGUUGAAGAGUUUACAGAAGAGGAUGAUGGGUUUCAUGAUGUGGAAGAAGAAGAUGAUGAUGAUAAUGAAGUGGGGUUUGUGGAUGGAAGUGAAAGUAAGCUUGGAGAAGAAAUUGAGGGGUUAAGAGAUGAAUUUGAUUGGGAUUCUGAUGAGUGGGAAGCUAAGUUACUAGGGGAAGAUGAUGAUGAUGAAAAGGAUUUGGAUGGGUUUGCACCUGCAGGGGUUGGUUAUGGUAACAUUACUGAGGAGUAUUUGGAGAGGAUAAAGAAGAAGAAGGUGUCCAAAGCUGAGAAGAAGAAGAUGGCUAAGGAGGCUGAGAAGGUGAAAGAAGAGGUUACUGUGUGUGCUCGGUGUCAUUCCUUGAGAAAUUAUGGCCAGGUUAAGAACCAGACAGUUGAGAAUUUGAUACCAGAUUUUGAUUUCGAUAGGUUGAUUUCUACUCGGUUGAUGAAUCCUUCUGGUAGUGGAAGUGCUACUGUUGUUGUCAUGGUUGUGGAUUGUGUUGAUUUUGAUGGUUCUUUCCCUAGAACCGCGGUGAAAUCAUUGUUUAAGGCAUUGGAUAAAAUGCAGGAUAACAUGAAACAGGCCAAGAAGUUGCCAAAGCUUGUUCUAGUGGCGACAAAAGUUGAUCUCCUUCCUUCCCAGGUUUCUCCUACAAGGUUAGAUAGAUGGGUUAGAAACCGUGCAAGGUAUGGAGGUGCACCAAAGUUAAAUGGGGUUUAUAUGGUCAGUGCUCGAAAGGACUUAGGAGUAAGGAAUUUGUUAUCCUUUAUAAAGAAUUUGAGCGGCCCUCGAGGGAAUGUGUGGGUAAUUGGAGCUCAAAAUGCAGGUAAGUCUACUCUGAUCAAUGCGUUUGCAAAGAAAGAAGGAGCCAAAGUUACUAAGCUCACAGAAGCUGCAAUUCCUGGGACAACACUUGGGAUCUUGAGAAUUGCAGGAAUUUUGCCGGCUAAGACGAAGAUGUUUGACACUCCAGGGCUCUUGCAUCCAUAUUUAAUAUCAAUGAGAUUGAACCGGGAUGAGCAAAAAAUGGUGGAGAUACGGAAGGAACUUCGGCCACGGACAUAUAGAAUUAAGGUAGGGCAGGCUGUCCACAUCGGUGGCUUAACGAGACUUGACCUUGUUGAAUCCUCUGUUGAAACAAUAUAUGUCACAGUUUGGGCAUCACCAAAUGUUUCCCUUCACAUGGGGAAAAUCGAAAAUGCCGAUGAGGUUUGGAGUAAUCAUGUUGGUGUUAGGCUGCAGCCUCCCAUGGGUAAUGACCGAGCUGCUGAAUUAGGAACCUGGGAAGAAAGGGAAGUAAAAGUGUCUGGAUCUAGUUGGGACGUCAACAGCAUUGACAUAGCAAUUGCGGGUUUAGGUUGGUUCUCUUUGGGUCUCAAAGGUGAAGCAACCUUGAAAUUGUGGGCCUUUGAUGGAGUUGAAAUAACUGAGAGAGAACCUUUGGUUCUUGACCGGGCCCCAUUCCUUGAGAAACCAGGAUUUUGGUUACCAAAAGCCAUCUCUGAUGCUAUUGGCAACCAAACUAAACUUGAAGCUCAAAGAAGGAAACAACUUGAAGAUGAGGAUACGGAAUACGUGGGGACAGGGCCAGGGCUUUCCGCAUGAAAAGAAUUUUGCCCCUUGACUUUCAUUAAGGAUGUAAUUGAACUGACGUGUUGCAGAGGCAAUAACAUGUUUGCAGCUUAAGCUUUUACACCCAUUUCAUUCAACUAGCUGGUGUGAUUACCCCCACCAACUAAUCAGAUAAAAUGCAUCCACGCUGCCAGGUGUCACAGUCGGUGAUUGUGUAGUUUUGAAAUGAGUCGUAAGACUAAGAUCUGCAUCUUUAAUGUACAUAAAUUGGUAAUAUCUACAUUUUGGGUGAUAGAUUUUCAAAUUUUAUGUAUAUGAAUACAUUAAAUUUUAUGUAUUCAUGGCCUUUCCACAAGGCAGGAGAAUUAGAGUAUCUCUAGAAGAGGAGUCGGAAUAUAAUUACAUUUACUCUUGGACAUGGCUUUGUCAUGUUUUAUGAAGGUGCCACUCCUUUCUGCUGACAAUCUGAGGCGGAUUUAUGUCAAAGCACUUUGAUUUUUACGUCCUAAAGUUAAUUGGGUGUUAAGAAUCACAGCAGCGCAUCGAAUGCCCCCUUAAAUUUGGCAACUAUGAAGCUGACAGAGAACGUGCCCAUUUUAAUUAAGGUUUAAAGUCAUGAGAAAACAAUUCCUAAUAGAGAACUGUUUGUCUUUUUUCAUUUUUGUAAUUUGAAUACUUGUAGUAGUUCUUACAUCAGUACGAAAUAUAGUCACAAAUUUUACUUUUCCUUCCAUAUUUUACCAGAGAAUUUGGUAAAGCAAGAGAAGGUUAGAUUGUAACUUGAAACCUCUAUACAAGAGUUAACAGAAAGUUAAAG